AAAAAUCAUCCGCGACAACGUCAAUGUCCUAACAUCGUGCACAUAUCGGCAGGGAAUGAGUUCUUCUCAUAUCUGCCAAGCAUGUCAUCGAAGACUUGCUCAAUUGCGACCUCGAAGUCUGUCUCAAUGGCAGCAACGAGCGAGUUUUAUUUCCUUGGCCAAGAGCACUACUCGAACCACGACAGAUAAAGGGAAGGAUGGUAUACUGAACUUGGGAGAUGACGCGAGGAAAAGCAAAGGGAAAUAUGCAGCUCUACCAGAGAGAAGACAGCGGGUCCCAAGUCGACCAGAACAUCCCGGUCCAGCGGACGUCCUCGAAUCACUCUUCGAACAGAGCAUUACAGAGGCUGCGGCUUCUAGAGAUGCAGCUCCACACUCGAUAUAUUCGCUCAGCCCAUACAAGAAGGUGGAAGCUCUAAAAGAAAUGAUCAGGAACUCUAGUCCACCAGCAGAUUCCUUCAAUUUCUUUGUAGAGCAUUUUGGUCCCCAAUUGGGCAGAGGGCCUGAAAGCUUGAAAUCAUCACCCUCAUAUCUACUCUCUACCGCAAGAGAUCUUAUUCGACGUAUCAUCUCCGCCAAGCAAAGAGACCCUUUUUCUACAACUCUGCCUAGCGCCACAGAGGUUUGUAGUGUCUAUGCUCGAUUGGGUAUGCUUCCAAGUACGGAUUGGAUUGAGAUGAUGACUGUCCUGAUUCAUAACAUCAUUAACGCAACCGAGGGAGCCACUUCUGAUAUUACACAUGUACAGAAGCUUUUUUCAGAUCUUCUUGGUGCUUGGAAUCUUGUUUGCCGUGCUCCUGGAAACUUCAAGGACAUGCCUGAGCACUCGUUAUCUCAAAUCAACUGGUCACACAUCCCAGCUUUCUCUUCGAAUGAUGCAACUAAGAUAUACCGGAAGAAUGGCCUCAAUAUUACUUUUGGGAUCCUUACUCCUCCAUUUUCAACUAAGCGUCUCAGUCGACUGCCACCUAUUGUGCUCUCAACUUUCCAGCUCUUGCAAUCUAGGUCGGCCAUCGUCCAAACUCUCCAAGGGGACUCAGCUCGAUUCACCUCGGCCCUGGCCCGCAUUAUUAGCGUGCCAGGUCUGAACGUCAGCAGUGAAGACGCCAUUGGCCAAGACGAGAUAAUAGCACCAUUCAUCAGAAGGCACUCGUCUGAAAUUAAAAGUCUGGCUGCUGAAAUGACGACUUCUGAUUCACCUGAAUACACGAGUCGGAUCUUCACAAAUCCACAGCUGGGAUUUAACAGAGGCAUAAGCUUCGUCAACAAAAGACUCCAUGAAGCGCUCAGAACUAAAAAUCGCCAUCAAGUAGACGAACUAUGGUCUGAUGUUGUACAAUGGCCGGUAGCCGUGAAUACGAAAAUAGAGAAUAACACCACAUUACAGUCAGGGACUGUUUCAGCGGCUCUCUGCAACUAUUUCAUCUUGGUCUUUAUGGCACUUCGGCGACCAAAUAGUGCUAUCGAUGUUUGGAACCACAUGAUUCAAAACCAGAUGACACCCACCCUAGAGACCUGGGACUCGAUGAUGUCUGGUUGCAAGGCUGCUAAAGAUCAUGCGGCACUGGAAGGAGUAUGGCGAAAGAUGCAAGCGGCUAGAGUACAGCCAGAUAACUACUGUUGGACAACGAGGAUAAGCGGACUCAUGGCUUGCCAUCAGCUAGAUGCUGCCAUUCGUGCCUUGGAUGAGAUGGGCCGAAUCUGGCUUGACGCUGCCCAGAAACAAUACCCGAAAAUGUCUAUGGACAAUUUACAGAAAAUCGGAAAAGUAGAAGGUGCCGUGAAGCCUACUAUCGAGACAGUCAAUGCAGCUAUAGUAGGUGCCUUUCGACAUCACAAGAAAGAGUAUGCGUCUCAAAUUCUGGCUUGGGCUGGGAACUAUGGAAUAUCCCCCGAUGUCAACACAUACAACAUACUCCUCUACCCAUUACUUCGGACUGGCCAAACGCAGCAAGCAAUGGGGCUACUCCAACAAAUGCAAAAUGCAGGCAUUGAAGCAGACGAAACAACAUUUACUACCUUACUUGAUGAAACAUUCCGCUUCGCCGCUGACCUGUCACCCGAGGAGCAAAAAGAAAUGGUCUGUAGCGUCUUGGAUGAGAUGGAAGCAGCCGGCCUCAAGGCGAACCUGCACACUUAUGGUAAGAUUAUCUACGCACUGCUACAAAGCUCGUCUGGGGAUAUGACCGUGGUCAAUAUCGUACUGGAACGGAUGGCAAAGUCAAACCUCGAGCCAUCUACACACAUUUAUACCAGUUUGGUCCAGUACUACUUUGCUCAAGACCCUCCUCAGUUGGAUGCCGUCAGAAGUACGGUUGAGCGAGCGAGUAUGGUUCAUGGCAGCACAGAUCACAUUUUCUGGGACAGAGUGGUGGAGGGCUACUCUCAAGCUGGCGAGACAGCUGCAGCAUUAAGAAUUGUGGCGAAAGCCAAGAGCAUGGAUAAUAGUGUGAGUUGGCUUGCGUUGAAAGACUUGCUAUACGCUUUGGCACGGAACGAGGAAUGGGAAGUAGCGAAGGCUUUGGUACGAGACCAAAUCGUUGAGACCGGUGGACCGUUGUCGCCAGAUGAGAAAGGGAAGGAAGGACAACAUCGUUUCUGGAAAGUAGCUUACGAGCUGGGAGUUGUCAAUGAACAAGGCACAGGUGUAUCAUUUUGAAAGGCAGUAUCACACUCCAUAUUCGAUGUGGUGUUCUCUUUGUGUAGGCUAAUAUAGCUGUACCAUUAAGUUGUAGUUGUAACAUUGACAAGAAUCAUUUC